AUGGAGAUUCGUCUCUCAUGUAAGGAUGAUGACCGCAUGUAUGUUGAUUUGUCGAUUUAUCAAAGGAAGUUUUUAGCCCUGCUUGAUUCUGGUGCUAGUAAAUCUGUAAUUGGUGGAAAGGGUUGGGAUGUUCUCAAGAAUGUUCAAAUUAGACUUCAACCUAGUCCUAUUAAGUAUGCCCGUGUUGCUAAUGGUGCUGUUACUGAGAUUAUCGGUACAUUUUUAAUUGUGAAUGAUCCGUUCUCCAAGUGGAUAGAAGUGAGCCUACCUAGGUCUCAAACUGAAGCAAAAGAUGUAAUACUGCUCCUGAAGAUUAUGUUUGCAACCUUUGGUCCACCUCUGGCAGUAGUGUCUGACAAUGGACCACCAUUCCAGUCAGUUGAGUUUGCGAAUUUCUGCGCUGAGAAGAACAUUGUGUUACUGCAUUCCCCCAAGUACCACGCUCCUUCAAAUGGCUCAGCGGAGAAGGGAGUAGACACCGCCAAGAAAGUGUUAAAGAAGCUGAUCGACGACAACGCAACCAAGACAGACAUUGUACUUGCUGUAUUAACUUUCCUGGAAACAUACAGGAACACUCCAUCUACCGUAACUGGGUUGACCCCUGCUGAACUUGUGUUUUCCUUCAAACCCAGAACAGGAUUAAAUUCCUUGAACCCCAGAAAUUCUGACCUCACAAAGGUGAAUGUUCCUGCAUUUGUGGUGGGAGAGAGAGUGAGAUAUAGAUCUAAGAAAGGAGACAAAGUGUAUGAAGGCAUAGUGGAAAAAGUUUUAGGGAAGACCACUUACUAUGUGAGAACUGAUGAUGCCGUUCAUUUAGUGAGCUUCAAUCAACUCAACAGAUGUGUUCCAAUAAUUGCCCAAGGAGAGAAGCAAGUGCCCAACAAUUCAUCUGACCCAGAUUAUAAAGCUCAUUAUGAACAAUUGUUAUUGUUACAAUAUAAGAAUGCUCCUAAAUAUAACCAACCUGUCAUUCCAAAUCCAUCCCCUACUAGAAAUGUUAAUCCUGAAAGCCUGUCUGUUCCAAUAAGUGUUCAAAGUCCAGCUGUUGAUCCUGCUGUCACUCCAAGCGAGGAAAAUUUAAGAGUGCCCGAUGAAAAUAAUAAUGGUCUGACAACCCCUGCCAGCGAUCUGUCAGUCCCACGUAGGAGUUCAAGAGUUGUUCGACCACCAAAAUUCAUCACUGAGAAUUAUGUAAAUUUGUGUGGGAAGGUUGAUGUGUAUCCAUGCACCUGUGAAUGA